CUCUCUCUCUUUUGUUUUCUUUUCGGGAGUACUAAAGGAGUGAGCGAGAGAGAGAGAGAACGGUUUCCCCAGCAUUCUGUGUCACUUUCUCUUCGCUUUCCCUCCAAGCGAUAAAUUUCCAAGGAAGUUUAAAGAGACCAGACAACCAUGGCUAAGAGUUCGGUCAUGGAUGACCUCAACGCCGCACUCUCUGAGCAAUCCCGAGCGCUCAAGGUGGCCAAAACCCUAGACUCCGACCUUGACCUCGCCUUCAAACUCCAAAUGCAAGAAGCCAUGAGCGCCUCCAUCGCUCUCGGGCCUUCGAGCUCGCGCGGUAAAGCGCAGAAACCGCAGCCCAACGACGUCGUAUCAUCUCCUUACGAUGAUUCCCGGGACGUUGCCGCGACGCUUAUGCUGCAAGAGGUGGAUAGGGUCAUGCGGGAACUCGAGGACCGCAAGCAGAGCGAGUUGGAGAUGAGGAAAAUGCGGGAGGAUCUGGACCUUCGGAUUCACGAUCAGAAGCUGGCGGCCGAGAUUCUCAACAUCUCCGACGAAGAAUGGAAAAUCAACGGGGAUAAUUACCACCGCCCAUACCGCAUGAAAGCUUCUUCAUCGUCCUCUUCUUCGUCUUCGACCGUUUUGGUUGACACCGAGUGUUUUAGGUUGUAUUUCAAGGGCCUGGUGAGCGAAGAGAGCGUUAGGGAUAUGAAGGUUACGGUGGCCGGUGCUGGGGUCGCGAUAUGCGAUCCCAGGGAUAGUCUGAUCUUGGAGGCGAGGAAGAAUGUGGAAGCAUUGGUGGAUGGCCAGGUCGUGACCAAUGAAGUUGCUGAGCUUGAGGCCCUGAUUGAAGGGCUUGAAAACGCUCUUAGCUUGGACUUGAAAAGGCUCACCUUUUUCUGCGAUGACUAUAUGCUUUAUCAAUAUGUCACAGGCAGAGUACUACCACGGCAGAGCCAUGUUGUGACUUUAGUCAAUCAAGUUACUCUUCUUCAAAGAAAAUUUGUAUUUUGCAAUCCGUCUUUUGUGGCACGUAAUGAUAUUAAGUUUGCAUUUAAAUCUGCAAGAGAUGCUGUUGUUUCUCAAAUUACUUGGCCUGAAGAAACUAGCAAAGGCAAGAGCUUGAAGGAGACGUGUGUCAUUUGCUUUGAAGACACUGAUGCUAAUAAGAUGUUUUCAGUUGAUGGUUGCCUGCACAGGUAUUGCUUUUCUUGUAUGAAACAGCAUGUGGAGGUCAAGUUGCUCAAUGGGAUGGGGGCAAAGUGCCCUCAUGAAGGCUGUAAUUCUGAGGUGAAUGUUGAUAGCUGUGGGAAAUUCUUGGCUCCUCAAUUGGUUGAGGUCAUGACCCAACGGAUGAAGGAAUCUUCUAUUCCUGUUAUACAGAGAGUUUAUUGCCCAUAUCCCAGGUGCUCAGCAUUAAUGUCAAAAAGCGAGGUUUUACAAUAUACUAAGAACAUCAAUGUUACAGCUGAGCAAUCGGGGCUCAGGAAAUGCAUGAAAUGCCAUUACUUUUUUUGCAUUAAUUGCAAAGUCCCAUGGCAUUUUAAGAUGAGUUGCUAUGAUUACAAAAGAUCAAAUCCUCACUCCCAUCCAGAAGAUGCAAAGCUCAAGUCUCUUGCAACAACAAAACACUGGCGCCAGUGUCAGAAGUGCAACCACGUAAUCGAACUAGCGGAAGGUUGUUAUCACAUCACUUGCAGAUGUGGAUAUGAGUUUUGCUAUACGUGUGGAGCUCAGUGGAAGAACAAGAAAGCUACGUGCUCCUGUCCAAUCUGGGAUGUGCGUAAUAUUAUACGUGAUGAACAACGAAGACGAUGAUUUGGGAGUAUGAUGACUCUUGUUAUUGAUUGAUUGCUGAG